AUGGCCUCUGGUGCCAUGCAGAGUGGCAUCUUUGGGGGUAAGGAGGCCAAGCCGCACUCGCGACCCUACAUGGCCUCACUACAGACGGGGCAGGAGAAGGCACAUGUGUGUGGAGGAGUGCUGAUCAGAGAAGACUACGUGCUCACUGCUGCACACUGCCUGGAGUCCAAGCCAGAUGUCGUAGUCCUUGGUGCCCACAACAUCAGCAAGGCUGAGAAGAGCCAGCAGCGUGUUGGUGUAUCUAAGUCCAUCCCCCACCCUAAGUACCCCACCAAGCCUGUACCUGCUGAUGAUCCACGGGGCCACCAACACGACAUCAUGCUGCUCAAGCUGGACCAUCCAGUGAACCUGACCAGAUUUGUGUCGGUGUUCAAGCUGCCAAAGAAGUUUGGCUACCUGAAGCCAGGUACACAGUGCGAGGUGGCCGGCUGGGGCAAGAGGGUGCUGGGUGGGGGUGCAGAGUCGGUCCUCUACGAGACUACCGUCACCCUGGACAAAGGCUCAACCUGCAAAGAUUCCUGGGAGAAGUACUACAACCAAGACCAGAUGGCCUGCAGCAUCUCCGAUGGCAAAGACGGCUUCUGCCAGGGCGACUCCGGGGGUCCUCUGCUGUGUGGGAAGGGGAAGAGUAGAGUUCUCUACGGCACUACGGCCUACACAACGCAGCCCUGCGACAGCGUAAACUACCCAGAAGUCUACAUGAGGGUGCCUUUCUUCCUGCCUUGGAUACGCUCCGUUAUUGGAGUCAAUUAAUGUUACUCCCUCUCUCUCAUUGGCGUCAAUAUGGGUAAUCAUAUAGAUGCAAACAUUCUUAUUGGCGUCAGGAUUGAGUCAAUGAGCAAAAUACAUGCCAACCAGUGAUGGGCAACCUGGAUUCAGAAGCUAUAAUCC